UGGUUCUUUGCAUACAGAUGUUUGAACAUUGGCAGGAGCACGUGACUGCGGCCUUGUUUGCUGCUGGCAUCACUACAUGGGUCGGUUUGGUAGACAGAGAUGUGCCGGAGCCCUAUCUAGAUGAAUAUUUCCACGUGCCUCAGGCUCAGAAGUACUGUCACGGAGAUUACACAUGGGACCCGAAGAUCACCACACCACCAGGCUUAUAUCUGGUAGCUAAGCUGUUCUCGCCAAUUCUCGGAUGCAGCACCAGAGCUCUUAGGCUUCACAAUGCGUUCGCGCUCAGUUACAUCUUCUACAAGGCCCUUCAAAUCCGACGUUUGAUCCAGCCUCGGGGCUAUGCUCAGCGGAAGGAGGGGGACUUCAUUGACAAAGUUGAUGAGAACACGCCAAAGGAGCAAUCGGGCGUGAUCGCAGACGGCCAGACGCCUUUCUCGACCGCUCUGACCGCCUUCAAUAUCGCCUCCUUCCCACCACUGUUCUUCUUUGGUGCUCUGUACUACACAGAUGUCAUGUCCACAGCGACAGUCCUCAUAAGCUAUGAAGCCUUCUUGAAGACAACUGCAAAGCCGCAGAGAAAUAUCAGCGACGACCUUCUUGCUGUUCUCAGUGGUGUUGUGGCCUUGUUCUUCCGACAGACCAACAUCUUUUGGGUCGCUGUGUUCCCUGCUGGUCUAACAAUCAUUCGUGUCUUGAGAGAGAACGGGCGUAUAUCAAACAGCGCAGCCAGACAAGGCUUUCUGGCCAUUCUGCAAGAGAGCUGGUCUAAAGGCACAAUUUAUGAUCGUUCUUUGCGGGAUGGAGGACUUCUUGUUUCAGAUGCUGUCAUGCUUUUGUUGACGACUGCAGUUGCGGCUUUGAGUAGACCAAUUAGAGUCAUGAGAUCCGUCGUUUCUUAUCUCGUACUCCUAGUCCUUUUCGCUGGAUUCGUAAUCUGGAACGGUAGUGUCGUCCUUGUAGGCGACAAAUCAGCACACACCGCCACCAUCCACACACCUCAGAUGCUGUACAUAUGGCCAUACAUUGCCUUGUUCUCAGCGCCCAUACUCAUGGCCCCUCUAUUCUGCAGUGUGGCCUGCUUAUUGCCAUCUCGAAUAGGAGCCAAGAUCGGAGUCAAACAGAAGCCUUUCUAUUCGAUCCAUUCUCAACCUUUGCAGGCUACUCUCUUCAUUGCUGCCGGCCUGCUCGCAGUCCACUUCAACACAAUCAUCCACCCUUACACGUUGGCCGACAAUCGACACUACGUUUUCUACGUCUUCAGGCUCCUUCUCCGGCACCCAGCACUUAAGUACCUCGCUGUUCCAGUGUACUACAUCUGCUUCUGGCUCAGCAUACAAUCCCUUGCGCAUCCGACUGCUGAUCCGGAAGGAACAAAACGUACAGUACAAGCCAGACCCUAUCAAGAGACCCUCAGGAACACGAAAUCGCCUGUUCAAAUCAGCUUUGUUGUCAUCUGGCUCAUCGCUACAUCCCUCUCCGUUGUGACGGCUCCUCUGGUGGAACCGCGCUAUUUCAUUAUACCGUGGAUCAUCUGGCGUCUGCAUGUACCUCAUGCAGCAACUACGUUCACAAUUAGAGGUCGAACGUACUCCCCGGAUUUACGGGUGGUCCUGGAGACAAUCUGGUUACUCGUUAUUAACCAGGUCUUGCAACAUCUGUUCCUGUACCGGACGUUCACUUGGCCCAGCGAGCCUAGUAACGUCCAGCGUUUCCUGUGGUAG